GAAUGCUCAACAGUUUUAAUCGGGAAGUCAAGCAAGAAACAAGCAGCUUGACUGACUCUAGAACCUCAUAUGUUGACCAGUAUAAUUCAUAUUUAGAGAAAAUGGUUUUUGUUUGUGUGGACGAUUUUGAACAAAAAGCACACAGUGUGUUGGAAAAGAGUGCAUUAGAUUAUUAUCGUAGCGGUGCAGGAGAACAAUAUACAUUGCACUUGAAUCGUGAAGCUUUCAGAAGAAUUCGCAUACGUCCACGAUGUUUACGUGACGUUUCUCGAAUUAACACUAGUUGCAGUAUCUUAGGCAUUGACCUUAAAUGGCCUUUGGGUAUUGCGCCCACAGCUAUGCAAAAAUUGGCGCAUCCGGAAGGGGAGGGUGGAAGUGCACGUGCUGCAGGCAAUGCUGGUUCCAUCUAUAUACUGAGUACACUGUCCACAAUGUCUAUUGAGGAUGUCGCGACUGCGGCACCUAAUACCAAUAAGUGGUUUCAACUUUACGUUUACAGAGAUCGUUCCCUUACCGAACAAAUGGUACGCCGUGCCGAAAAAUCAAAUUUCAAAGCGAUCGUUCUAACCAUCGACGCACCAGUUUUUGGUCAGCGGCGCUCAGAUAUUCGUAAUAAAUUUAGCUUACCACCGCAUCUAAGUCUCGGCAAUUUCAAAGGGAUCAAAGCGGAUGGCGUACAUAGUGACGACGGAUCAACGUCCGGAAUCAACGCUUACGUUUCAAAACAAUUCGAUCCGACGCUAACGUGGAAGGAUGUGGAAUGGUUGGUAAAAUUAACUCGACUGCCAGUCAUUGUUAAGGGUGUACUAACACGCGAAGAUGCCGUAUUGGCUCGUGAAUUCGGUUGUGCCGGAAUAAUUGUCUCAAAUCAUGGUGCCCGACAAAUAGACACAGUGCCAGCGUCAAUUGAAGCACUUCCCGAGGUGGUCAAAGCAGUUGGUAACGAUUUGGUGGUAAUGUUGGAUGGAGGUGUAUCAAAUGCCAAUGAUAUAUUCAAAGCACUGGCACUCGGUGCUAAAAUGGUAUUUGUGGGACGUGCUGCACUCUGGGGUCUGGCUUGUGGUGGUCAAAAGGGUGUUGAAGAGUUGCUAGGAGUUUUGCGAAAGGAUCUUGAAGUUACACUUGCUUUGGCUGGUUGUCAAAAGUUACUUGAUAUCACUGCAGAUAUGGUAGCGCAUGAGUCUACAUAUGCAAAAUUAUAAAAUAAAAUGUACAUUUGUGCCACUGUAUACAUAGGCCCGUAAUCAGCAUCCAUAUAAAAGCCGACUUAAGUUAGGAAAAUACUGAAAAGAAAAGCCGACUUUAUUUUUAAUCUUGUUAUUGUCAGUUUGGGGUAUGGUGCUAACUAAUAACGAUAUUUAGCGUUUGUUGGCAGCACUGGUAUACAACUUUUGUUUUGAAAGCAACAAUAAAUAAAAUUAAACGUG